CCGAAAAUCUGUUCCUGUCUUCGUUCUUGGUUUCUAUAAUACACUCUACUUCUCCAGAAGAAAAACGCAAUCGUUCCUCGGAGAUGGUUUCAUACAACAAGCUUUCCGCUUGUUGUAUAUCUCACGAGUUCUACAAAGUUGCUACAACCAACCCCAAUAAAAUUGCAGUGAUUCAAGCUUGUGGGGGUCUCAAAAUCGCCAAAGAAUUUCAACUCUUUUGCACCGAAAACGGUGACGGAGAAACACGCGAGAAGUUUGAAGAGUUUGUAUCUUCCAAAACGACGUCGGUUAAUCCCCCGGUUUACGAAGGUGACGAGUGCUUCACGUAUUCCGAUGUUCUGUCCGCCGUUGAUUCUCUCAGUUCACGGCUCCAUUGCAUUCUUGACGGUGGCGAUGACCCUAAUCUUCUGAAACCCUCUUCAGUAGUUAAUAUGCAUCAUACUGCAAAUAACUGCAGUUCUAAGGGCCAGUCAAUCUUGGGGUCUUCUGAUCAAGGUUUAAAGCAGUAUAAACAGCUCCAUAAAACAUAUUGCCCUAGAAUAGUUGGAAUAUAUAUGGAACCUUCAGUUGAGUACAUUGUUGCUGUUCUAUCCGUUUUGAGGUGCGGAGAAGCAUUUCUGCCUUUAGAUCCAUCUUGGCAAAACGAAAGGGUACUAUUGGUAACUUCUUCUUCGAAAGCUAGUCUUAUCGUCGGCUAUGGAUCUUCUGUUGGCGGAACUUGUCAUCAGCUUGACAAAUUACAAUGGCUCAUUGAUAAAGGCAGUUAUCCUGUCUUUUGUAUGUCAAUGGAGGAUUUCAUCCCAAAAAAAUUUGAUUCGUUGUUAGGCUGGCCUUGUGAAAGUGAAAGGUUGAGAUCGUUCUGCUACUUGAUGUACACAUCUGGAUCGACUGGAAAACCUAAGGGUGUAUGUGGCACUGAAGUAGGUCUUCUGAAUCGCUUUUUGUGGAUGCAAGAAUCAUAUCCCUUUCAAAAAGAAGAAAUCCUUCUUUUCAAAACAUCAAUAAGCUUCAUUGACCAUUUGCAAGAAUUUUUAGGAUCUAUACUUGCUAAUUGUACGUUGGUCAUACCUCCUUUCAAUCAGCUGAAGGACAAUAUAUUUUGUGUAGUCAAUCUUUUACAGGAAUACUCUAUUAGCAGGCUCGUGGCAGUUCCAUCUCUUAUAAGGGUGUUUCUUCCGGCUCUGCAGAGCAUAUAUUAUUCUACAGUUCAGAUUUCAUUAAAACUUGUAGUACUAAGUGGUGAAGUUUUUGAUAUGUCGCUGUGGAAGAUGCUUGUCAAGUUGCUGCCCCUGAUUUCUAUUCUUAAUCUAUAUGGAAGUACAGAGGUUUCUGGUGACUGCACAUAUUUUGACUGCAAGUGGUUGCCCCAAAUGUUGGAGCAAGAUGCACCGGGUAGUGUUCCAAUAGGCGUUCCCAUUGGAAAUUGUGAUGUGGUUCUUGUUGGGGAAAAUUCUCCUGAUGAGGGAGAGAUAUGUGUCAGUGGAAGUUGUGUUGCUGCCGGAUACUUUUGUCAUCCUUCUAUUUUUCCAUUGGAUAACGUUGAAUUACGUCAAGAAGUAGCUGAUGCUGAGAGUGCUAAAAAUGAAAUGAAGUGUUACUUUAGAACUGGAGAUUUUGGCAGAAAGCUUUCAGAUGGCAACCUGGUUUGUAUCGGGAGAAAAGACCGCACUGUAAAGAUCAGUGGGCAGCGUAUUGCUUUGGAGGAGGUUGAAAGCGUUUUGAGGGAACACCAAGAAGUAGCUGAUGCUGCUGUAGUUUCUUGUUGUGUUCAAGGAGAUAUUUUACUUCUUGAAGCAUAUUUACUGCUCAAGCAAAAGGAAAGCAACCUUGAGUUCUUCAGGUCCUCAAUUAGAUGCUGGAUAGCCAGCAAACUUCCCCCGGUAAUGGUUCCUGCUCGUUUCUACUUUGUUGAAUCAUUUCCUGUGUCUUCCUCAGGGAAAGUGGAUUACAAGAAUUUGGCCACUUCAGCAGCUUCUGAGGCAGGUAACUGUAUUGAGAUUGAAGAAACUCAAGAUAUCGAUCUCAUUAAUGUUAUACGAAAGGCUUUUUCUGAUGCUCUGAUGGUUGUUGACAAGAUCUCCCUUGAUGAUGACUUCUUUGAGAUGGGUGGCAAUUCUCUAUCAGCAGCUUAUGUCUCCUAUAAUCUAGGAAUUAAUAUGAAGGACUUGUAUACUUUUCCAACUCCAUUGAAACUUCAGAAGGCCAUUCUACAUAAAAAAGUGUCCUCUAGCCGUGAGCUUAGAGCUGAUGCUUUAGUGGGAGUGAACUCGAAAGUGCAAGGAAAAAGCAAGCUUCCUUCUAAUAAAUCUUGGAUGCCUGGUCUUGAUAGCAGUACCUCUUUGAGUUUGACAAGUGAUUAUCCCAUUAAACGUUUGAAAACGGAUUCAGAUUUGUAUAUUGAUCCCGACGAUGUUAAUGGAAGAGAUAUGAAUAAUUCAACUAUGACACAGGUUUCAUGUUCCUACAGCCGGUGCAACAAAGUAAGGCAUGAUACCGGAUGUGAGGGUUACCAUUGCCGAUCUAUGUUGUCUUGGGAAGUUCCACGUGAUAAAAGAGGUUUCAUGCGAGAACGGUGGAUGGUCUACAUGGAAUCUUGUGUUGAUGCAUCACCACUAGUUGUAUUUAAAGAAAGAAGUGCUUAUCUGUUUAUUGGAGCUCACUCCCACAAAUUCUUUUGCAUUGAUGCAACAAGUGGUCUUGUUUUGUGGGAGGUCAAAUUACAAGGACGUGUUGAGAGCUCAGCAGCAAUUCUACAUGACUUUUCUCAGGUUGUUAUCGGAUGUUAUGACGGGAACAUUUAUUUUCUGAAUUUUUCAAAUGGCAUCCCUUGUUGGAAUUUUCAAACACAUGGAGAGGUAAAAUCGCAGCCAAUCGUUGACAAAGAGAGGCACUUGGUCUGGUGUGGAUCGCACGACCAUAAUCUCUAUGCCCUUGAUUAUAAGAAUCACUGUUGUGUUUACAAAAUCCGAUGUGGUGGUAGCAUAUUUGGUGCACCUGCACUUGAUGAGGUGCAUGAAAAGCUCUAUGUGGCAUCCACUAGUGGCAGAGUAACAGCUCUAUUUGUCGGGGCUCUUCCAUUUGAUCAAAUAUGGGUACAAGAGUUGGGAGUUCCUAUUUUUGCGUCACUUUCAAUCAACCCUUCAUCUGGAAAUGUUAUAUGUUGCAUGGUGGAUGGAAGUGUUGUUUCGCUGGGCGCUGAGGGAUCUGUCAUCUGGAAGGUGAGUACAGCUGGCCCAAUAUUUGCUGGGCCCUGCAUAUCUCGUGCACUAACUUCACAGGUGCUUGUUUGUUCAAGAGAUGGCAGUGUUUACUCCUUUGAUUUGGAAAAUGGUGAUUUAUUCUGGAAGCAUGAUAUUGGACAUCCAAUCACUUCAUCUGCCUAUGUUGAUGAGCACUUGCUAUUGGCAUACCCUGAUUCUUCUCUGUCUCAAAGUGCCAGGUUGAUCUGUGUUUGCUCCAGUUCUGGAAGUGUACGUGUUCUUCAAGUCAGCUUGAAUUCCGACGGAGCAAAUCAACCAUGUAAUGUGGUGCGGGAAUUUGUUAGGUAUGAACUUGGAGGAGAUAUCUUCUCCUCUCCUGUGAUGAUUGGUGGGGAAAUAUUUGUUGGUUGCAGGGAUGACUACGUGCACUGCAUUAGAGUCUUGGAAGAAAUACCAAUAUAAGCCUAUUACAUUAUAUCUCACAUGCUCUAUCUGUGGGAGUAUAGAACUCCUCAUUAUCGGAGCAUCAAAUAUUGGCAAGAAGUUUCCUGCGAAUUAUCCGAGCAUGGAUGAUGGAAGAAUCAAGAUCACGAGGAAAUCGAGCAUUUGCCCUCCCCCCCCAAACCAAAGAAAGGCUCAAUGUCUCCCUUGGAAAAGGAAUGGAGUUCCCCUUGGUAUCACCAAAAAAGUUGAACCGAGGGAGAUACUCCGUGCAAUACUGGAAGAGAUUGUUUUGGAAGGACUACAUAUGAAUCAAGUCGCUUUCAACUAAUGUGCUCAACAUUCAAGCGUCACGAUGACAAAAAGGUGCUCCACUUAAAGCUUGAUGAUUGCUGCUUAAGCACUGAAUAAUCGAUCAAGUUUGUUUCCUACUAAUGUAACUCACCGCCCAGCUUCACAAUGACAAAAAAGGGCUCCAUUUAAAGCCAGGUGCUUUCUUGAGACAUUCUACUUGUCUAGAAACCAGUAUUUUGGUUCUUGUUAAAGAGCCCCAAAAACUAGCUUAUGAUGUACGGAUUGGCCAAGAUCAUAACAGAAUGUGGAAUAUAUUAAUUCAUUAUCCUGCACCCCGCGCAUGCUCAGGGCUGGACAUCUGGAGCGAAAAUAGUAUUACAUGGCGGCGCCCAACAUUGGGUAACAACAUUUGCUUUCAGUCCCAAACAAGUUGAGGUGUGACAUCUGCCAUAUUAAGAAAAUGGAUCUUGGACCUAACUCAAUCUCGAAAGCUAACUCAUGAGGUGAGGAUUGUCCAAGACAUAUAAGGAGAUAAUUCAUUCUCUUGACCAAUAUAGGACAUACCAAUACUUGGUGCUCAACAUUUCCUGCUCGACAUGAUUUCUACCUAUUGUUUACGAGAUUAGGCUUCUGUCUAACCUAUCUUAAUUGUACACUCCAUUUUAGCCAACAAACUGCUUGUCUGUGAUUUUGGUUCAACUUUUGGCAUACAUGUACAGCUAGUGUUUUUGGAAUCAUGGGUGAUCUUGAUUCAAUUUGGUUGUAUUGGAGGAUUUGACUUAUAUCAAUUGAUAGGGUAAUGAAAUUUUUACA